AUGGAGUGCGCACAGACCAGCAUAGUGAUUGGACGUAAUCUCAGCGGGCUGGGCUUCUCUGCUCAGUACACGGCAUCCGACCGCUCGCGAAACCAUUCCUCGAUCUCGCAACUUCCCCAUCGUCCUUCGCGCUCGACAUGCGCCGCACUUGACCCGUCACGCCCCCCAACUACCCCGCCACCUUUGCGCCCCUGCUGGGAGACCAUCGAUAUCCAAAGCAGCUGUUCGGAGACCAUCGCUGUCCUCCAACCGACGACUGUAUCGCGCGUGCUUGCCCGCGUCGCAACCCAACCCAUUUUUAAACGACACCCCGUCAAUACCAUCACCUUGGAUUACCUCGACGACAUGUCCACCUCUUCGGGGGCCCCGGAGUCUUGGAUAUCUUCCUUUUGCUCUCUCCUUGGCCAUGAAUACUUCGCUGAGGUUUCUGAGGAGUUCAUCGAGGAUGACUUCAACCUCACUGGCCUGCAGAAUCAGGUCGCGAUGUACAAGGAGGCACUCGAGAUGAUCCUUGAUGUGGAGCCUGAAGAGGACGAGGACGAAGAGGAGGAGGAGGAUGAAGACGAAGACGAGAACGACUCGGGAGAUCAAGACCGACUCGGCCCCAGACACGACCGGAGACAACAUAGCCGCAUGGCUAGCGACCUAAGUGUUAUCGAGUCUUCCUCCGAGAUGCUUUACGGCUUGAUUCAUCAGCGAUUCAUUUGCUCGAGGGCGGGCAUUCAACAGAUGAGCGAGAAGUAUGAGUUGGGCCAUUUCGGCUGCUGCCCCCGUACCAACUGCGAUCAAGCGAGAACACUCCCUGUCGGUCUCUCUGAUAUUCCCGGCGAAGACACCGUGAAGCUGUUUUGCCCUUCCUGCCUCGACGUCUACGUCCCUCCUAACAGCCGUUUCCAAACCGUCGACGGUGCCUUCUUCGGCCGUACCUUUGGCGCCCUCUUCCUCCUCACAUUCCCGGAAUACGACCUCACUAAGCGUGGGGCCGAGGUUCUCAGCAGCGGCGGCGCUCGUAUUAACGACGAUUCGCUCGAGAUGAUCAAUGGCAUGUACGCUAAGAACAUUGCACCGGGCCUGGGCGCUGGACGUAUAUAUGAGCCCCGUAUUUACGGCUUCCGCGUUUCCGAGAUUGCAAAAUCAGGCCCUCGGAUGCAGUGGUUGAGGGACAGGCCGGAUAGCAUGACCGAACUGGACGAGGCGCGUCUGUACGCGGAUGGACACCCCGAUUCAGACGAUGACGAGGAGAACCUGAACGGCAACGGCCGGCCUACGCCCCGUCGCCGUGCUCCUGGCAAUGCGCGCCUCCGUGCAACGCAACGCCAGGCGCAGAAUGGCAGCCCGAUGGCUGUGGAGACGAACGGUGCAGAGUCGGAGCUUUAG